CCAAUAAACUAGACAGUUUCUAGGUGGUUUUUAGACAGUUAACACGUUGUCAACUGGCAGUUUUUAGGCAGACUGUAAACUGGCAGUUAAUGAGCAGUUUAUUGCCCGUCUUUUUUCUCCUGGGAACUGUUCAAAACAGUCAAGUCAUAGGAAGCAUAUUUUAUAUCGCAAUCGUGCUACAGCAUAAAUCAGUACAGUACGAACAUGAGGGUGUUAAAAUUUAACUAGAUCAGCACUUACCCAGUGGAAAUAGUGUGGAUAAGCAAGAAAGGAGCAUUUCUUAGUCAACUAAUCAUACUUUUCUGGUUCAAAUGAUAGAGGUAGUAAGAAAAGAUACUCUGUUCUGCCUUCUAUUACAAUCGCACUUCUUUUUCCCGUAUUAUCCGUAAGAUGCGGAGGUUUUCCUAUCUUCGCUUCCGCCGAGCGGAUUCUGAUAAAAUUAUACAUGCAUCUUCUACGCUGAUCACGAAUUUCACAUUUACGUGUGACUAGAAUAUCGAGUAGUGCGCUGGAGGAGCUGCACGCAUUUUUCGGAAUAAUACAAAAUUUAAGUUAUAACUAACACAACAACAUUGCGCCUUUUCUUCCAUACGUAUAUAUAUCUAAUGCUAUUAGGAUUUCAGGAGCACACACUAUACAUUAUAUGUACAUGUAAUAGAAGAACAUUUUCUUGUGCUUUUUCUUCCAAUCAAAAGUUUUUCUUUCACAAAAGUGCUUCUUCCAAUCUUACCAUUUAUAUAUACCGGUCCAAAGGUUCAACGCUUUUUUUUUAAAGGUUCCUACUAAUAUUGUCGACUAUACGUUAGCAUCUUUUAUUUCGUAGGACCUAUGCCAUUAUCAGAUGAUUUUAAAUGGAAGCCAUGCAGGACGCCGUCCAUACGUGGAUUGUGAUAUAUACGAUCCCGAUGUCCUACUCCGUUAUCAAAUGACGAUUUUCACACAACUGCACAUCCAGUUGACAAAAGCUAGUUAAAGGAGUUGAUUAUUCUGUUCGUCGGAUACCCCAGUAAUAGAAUAGACUAAUCCCCCUCCUCCUCAGGGAGACAUUAGUUUCCUGUUGGUAUAUGCUUGAUACGUUUAAUUUGAAAAAUACAUAUGGGUAGAAAAAAAGAAAAUGUUGUUUUGUGUGCCUAAAAAGAUUCCGUAAAACAUUCUUGAGCUUCCACAACUCUAUUAGACUAUAGAAUAAAUAAAGAUCAAUUGACAAAUUUCUACUCAAAAGGACAUUAGCGGUUUUUUUGAGGUAGGAUCUCGAAAAUCACGCUUGUAACGUCCGUAUAACUUUGAAAAUUCUCUUUUCCAUGAUAUUUGAUGGAGGACACCUGAAGAUAUUUUGAGGAUGAAAUAAAACGAAAAUCGGAUAAUGUCAUUUUAUGGGGCAGUGAAGGAGAAAGAAUGUCCUUAAGUAAAAUAACGUAGAUAAUGCCGUUGACGCCCAUAAAAAAUACUUUGUAGCAAAGAAAGAAGGUCAUAAUGACUACGAUAAGAGUCAGAAAAAAUGUUUGUUCACCGAUGCGUAGCAUCGAUCAUAGUAGGCACGCCCAACUGUUUCGUUCGUAUGUAUAUUUGACUCUUACACACUGUGUAUGAGAUAUAUUCUGCAUAUUGUGAAUUUAUUACGACAAUUGACUCAUGAUGAAGACAGGUAAGAACAAUUUGCAAAUUCUUCGGGUGACAGUGUGUUUCGCCCCAUACUUGAAACUGCUGCAACCUUCAAAGUCACGGACUAUCUCCUUGGGUGAGCAAAACCAACAUCAUCCUUACGGAGUAAUCAUAGAAUUAUGAUUGUGGCAGAUAAAAAGUACAGAUAAAGAUGUCUUUUCAAUUGGUGCAUCUGAGUGGAAUAGUCUGAUACGAAAUGAUGAAAGUCUAUUGACAAUGAAAAUACCAAAAUUACGAGAAGUAUUGAAAAAACAGUAUUUGGUCACAGAUAUUUUCCCCAAGCGCCUAAAAUUCCCUACAAGACGUGAUGAACUUAAUUUUAUGUGAAUGAAAGUAAAUUAUCCUCCUCCAAAUUACUAUUUGUUUCGUCGUAAGUGUGUAGAUUCGCCUAUUUGUAGCUGUGGAGAUGGAAACGAAAAUAUCAAACACUAUUUUUUAUAAUGUAAAUUAUGUAAUAAUGAGAGACAAAAUCUAUUUCAAAAAUUAUUGUUUCUAAAUACUGUAACGGUCGGUACCUUAUUGUUGGAGAAUUUAGACCUGGAUAUUGAUGAUUUAAUUUGUACUCUGGACGCAGUGACUGGCUACAUUCAGAGUACUAAAAGAUUUGAUAGCUAGCAGCGCAGUGCUUCUCACUCUUUUUCAUGGCGUUCGCGUCUCGAGAAUCGUCAAAGUCUGUUAUUUCUUUAAUCGUUAUGUGGCGAAACUUUUCUUAUUUUUCACUCAUCUUUUUUACUAUUUCAUAAAAAAGCUGACAUCUUCUUAAUGUAGGUCGGUAAUGGUAUUUCUUUAUCGCUGAUCUUUUCUUUGUUCAAAUCAAAUAAAUCAAAUUCCGUUUGACCGUUUCCAUAUCUCCUCAGGAGCAGUUUGUUCGAGCACUAGUGCUUCACAUGUUGCUCGAAAUAACCUAAUUUUAGAUGAGCGAACGAGAAAAGAUUUGCGAAAAACGCUUUUUAGAUGAAAAACGAUUUGAGAUGACGUAUCUCAGGGGUAUCCUAAUACGGAUACAUUCUGUAUCCACUGAGUCUACAGGACCUGAUGCAGCAAUGCGGACAAUACAAGUAUUGAGCUAACGUACAUAUGCAUACAUAUUAAGUAGAUAUACAUAUCGAUAUUUAUAUAUACCCAAGCUCAUGCCCAUAUCAAUCUAACUAUAUCCAUAUAUGCGCUUAUAUAUGAAUGUUGGGAUUGUGGAAUUUUGGAUAUACUAAGUACUAAACAGUAAGCUGUGUGUCUGGAGCAGGGGAGGGGGCCAAAGCAUCAGAGUGAAUGACGAGAAAGCAUUUUACUCGUUCAACUAGUAGCAGAGUAGGCAUAUUCCUGGAUCGAGUAAAAUCCCAGGAUCCCAAGCAUUUAUAAAUAUGCAGAUACAUAUAAAUACGGAUACCAGUACAGGCGAUAAGCGAAUACAGACUGUAUCCGUAUUAUGACAGCACUCCGUAUCUGGCCGACCCAGUGUUUAAAAAUUCUAAAAUUUCGAGUCUAGCGAUCCAGAUGUAGUGAUCCCAGGUGGCCUACCGAUUUGACAGAUCAAAAACGAAGUCUAUUUCUUUUAUCAUGUUACGAUCUAGUGGUUGUAUGCUCAGCCCUUGUGGUUCGAUUAUUAAAACCUCAUCAACAGAAAAACUUAAUCUUAAAUUAAAAUUUAAAUCUCUAUCAGAUGGCAACUGAUUUCAUAAGAACAAUUUAUUUUUCGUAUAACAGGCUUUCGGUGUGCGCUUGUGGAUUGAUGCAAAUGUCGUCGACGGUAUCCUUUUAACCUUCAGUCGUUACAGGACUUUAAAGUGAAAUUUUCUACUCUGACUAUUUAGACAACAAAGCCAUUAGUUAUGUUAAUGAAAAUAUACUGGUGGAUACGGCGGAUAAUCGCCCAAACCCUGACAGGAUUAAACCAGCUGUGUCAGUAAUAAAAGCAACAACACCUCAAGAUCGAUCGCAUUCGGCAAGUACACCGCAAGUAGACUAUCAGCCAGUGACUGCAGAAAUUACACCGUGUAAGAAUUUCCCCUUAUUUCUAAAUCUUACCAUUCGCUCGCUGGGUAUUAUUUUCGGCGAUAUUGGCACAUCGCCAUUGUAUGUUGUUAAUACAGUAUUCAAUUUUAAACCGUCAGAAGCCCAGUGUAUCGGUGCCAUCAGUCUAAUCAUUUGGAAUUUAAUAGUUGUUGUAUCAAUCAAAUAUGGCAUCUUUAUCUUGAUGGCCGAUAAUUAUGGGGAGGGAGGAACGUUUGCCCUGUGUGGUUUGUUGACAGGUGAAAAAAGUAAACUGAGUCGGAGAGCAAAAAAAGGGAUUACCAUUUUAGCACUAGUGGCUGCGUCUUUAUUACUCGGCGAUGGAGCAUUAACACCAGCCGUUUCGGUUCUAUCAGCUGUUGAGGGAUUAGCUGUUGAAUCCCCUCAUUUACAAGUUUGGAUUGUACGUAUCACCGUGAUCAUUCUUGUCCUUCUCUUUGUUGCACAACGAUGGGGCACGGCCAAAAUUGGUAUCACUUUUGGGCCGAUCAUGUUUCUAUGGUUUCUAUCCUUGUUUUUAAUCGGCAUUUGGCGAAUAACAUUUAAACCUAGUAUUCUGAAAGCAUUCAAUCCAUGGGAAGCAUUACACUAUCUGAUACGGGAGAAGAAAAGGGGUUUCUACCAAAUUGGUGGCGUUUUCCUGGCUGUUACCGGACUUGAAGCCUUGUACGCCGAUUUAGGCCAUUUUGGACGAUGGCCAAUUCGUUUUUCCUGGUUCUGUGUCGUAUUUCCCGCUGUGCUUGCCAAUUAUUUGGGUCAAGGCGCAUUGUUAAUUGCCGAACCAAAGUUGUUUGGUAAUCCAUUUUAUCAUUCCGUGCCAGACUGGGCUCAUUGGCCAAUGGUGGUUUUAUCAACACUAGCAACAAUAAUUGCAUCACAAGCAAUUAUCACCGGCAGUUUUUCACUAAUCAGUCAAGCGGUUGCAAUGCAAUGUUCAGUACCAUUUCAAAUUGUGCAUACAUCGAAAACAAUUAUCGGUCAAAUUUAUGUACCAGCCAUCAACUAUAUUUUAAUGGUUCUCACAAUUCUCGUUACAGUCGGAUUUCAAACAGGUUCGAAUAUAACAAAUGCUUAUGGUGUAACGGUUUGCAGUGUGAUGAUAAUAACGACUGUAUUAUAUAUGUGUGUAAUGCGUUACACAUGGCGUAAACCGCUGUAUCUCAUUUUACCGUUUGGCAUAUUUCUCAUUAUCGAUUCUUACACAUGGACGGCGAAUGCGAUCAAGGUUCCAGAUGGUGGAUGGGUUGCCAUUGUCAUAGCAUCUUGCUUUUUUAUUCUUGGCUAUUGCUGGUUUUUUGGUCAAAUGAACUUACGUCGUUUUCUCAACGUUCAUGCUCAUACAACAAGUCUUCACACACUAUCGAUAAGACUCGGCUUAUUGAAUAAUAAUACUCGACAAAAUUCUCAAUAUUCUCUUGCCGACCUUCCUGUUUUGGCCACGGCAAACAGAAUUAAUUUUGUACCUGAAUCCGACUCCGAUUCAAAUUCCGAUUCCGGUUAUGAAACAAAGUAUAACGGAAAGUUACCGAAAGUACAAAGUCGGAUAUUGUUAGUACAAAACGUGCCACUUGCAUCGUCAACCAAUAUCCCAUUCGAUUUUGACCGUACUAGUGCGGAUACGAGUAGUGCCAUCCCAGCCGUGGUUGCACCAUGUGUUGGCUGCUUUCUUACAAGUUCGAAAAAACAUACACCCCAUGUAUUCGAAAAUUUUCUUUCACGCAUGCAUACCAUACCGCAAGUGAUCAUAUUUCUUCAAAUUGAGCAUACGAAAAUACCGUCGAUUGAAAAUAGUAAACGACUUGUGGUAAAACUAUAUGGUGAAAAUAUAUUUCACAUCACAGCACUAUACGGUUAUGCCGAAUGUCGAAUAAAACCAUUCGAUAUUUUGUUACUCGCUCGUACUCAACAUAAUGUACCUAUACCUGAUGAUGAAAUGAGAGUGACGCUGUUCGUUCCAAACGAAACAAUAAAAGUAUCGACAAUUGGAUGGCGUAGUUGGAUCCGACGUUGGCCAUUGUACAUUUAUUCGAUACUGAAAAGUCUCUUUCCCGGGGCAGCCUUCAACAUUAAGUUGAACCCUGAGAACACCGUAAAUGUCGGCAUACUGGCAAAGCUCUCAUAA